AUCCUCGUGAAGGAAGUUCUUCGCCUGUCAAAGCGUGGCGCGAUGGACUUGUCCGAUGUGGAACUCGUCCGCAUCGGUUCCCAGUCCUCUCUAGAUGCACGUUCCACUCCUAGUUCACUGGAUCGAUUUGAAAACUUUAAUCCCACAAGUCUGGUCACUGCCGAUCAACCAAACUCACAGUGCAAGGAACACACAACACAGCCUAAGUGGUUUUGUGAUCCUGCAGAACUCGUUGCUCCUGCAGACACACAAUCACUUCAACAUUGUCAUUAUGACUUUUUAGAUGUCCCUGAUAUGUCCGCUUCAGCUGCAACUUCAUCACCAGUUGCCUCUAGACGUCGCUUUGAUACAGUGAGCGAAAACUUACUGAACGUUGAUUUAGAUGUCGCACGCCGUGCUCCGAAUGUGCCGCAAAACGCAUUAGCAGACAACACUCGAGGAGUCAUCUUUAUGAGUGCUCCGCAUCGAGGAAACCAAUCGUUAUUUGCAUUAUAUCGAUGGCCAUUGCGUUGGACUCUCACACCAGAAGCUAUCCAACUGGAACGAAAUUCCGCUUACUUGCUGGAUCUUCACUCGUGGUUCAAUCUCUGGGCGAUGCGUCACCACGUACGUAUAUUGACCAUGGUCGAGCAGCGUGUAACCCCAGUAAAUCGUUUUUGGUCCGUGCUCCUGGUCCCGGAAGACAAACGGGGUGGGUUUCGCCUAUCACAGCUUUUGUCUUGUUUUUAA